UUUAUCCACUGCCAUCUAGCUGCCCUUGUCACCCCUGACUUUUAAGAUUUGAAAUGUUCUUUAUACAUGCUAUUUAAUUUAAGCCUUUACAGCAACCCUGUGAGGUACAUACCACAAGUGUUAUUUCUCUUUUACAGAUGAAGAAACGGAAGAAUGGAAGGGAUAACUUUUCUUACUUGUGAUUACUCAACUCUUAAGUAUAAAUAGCAGAAUUGGAACCCAGUUCUUUUCUGCCUUCAUGUCUAGUACCAUCUUCUAUGGCAGGGGUUCUUUAUCUUGUUUGUAUCACAGACUUCUUUAUCAGUGUGGGAAACCUUUCUGAGUUUGGGCCCUAGAUGAGCCUUUCUUAGAAACAUGUUUUGAAAUGCAUAAAAUUAAAAUUUACAGGAUUACAAAGGAAACUAGUUAUGUUGAAAUAUAGUUAUAGAAAUAUUAAAAAACAAACAGACCAAGGUCGAGGACUCAGGUGCUGCCUAUGGCAUUGGGUCUUUUGAAGGUAGCUUCAUUCAGGAAAGUUAAGGAAAGUGGGCAGCUAGGUGGCACAGUGGAUAAAGCACCGGCCCUUGGAUUCAGGAGAACCUGACUUCAAAUCCAACCUCAGACACUUUGCACUUACUAGCUGUGUGACCCUGGGCAAGUCACUUCACUCUUAUUGCCCCCCACCAAAAAAAAGUCAUUGAGCACAAUUAAAACUUCAGCUUGGUUGUAGGCUGAGGAGAAGGAAGCAGUAUUGAAGAAGACAUUAAAUGAGCACAAGACAGGAAACGAUUGAGGAAAAAAGGCCACAGAGGAAACGGGAGGAAUGGAGUAAAGGGUACAAGUGGAAAAGUUAGCUUUAGUAAGGACAGAGGAGGGUGGAUGGGAAAGGGAAGAGAAUGUAUCCCAGAAUGGUGCAAUGGCAUCCUCUAAAUUUUCUGGCCUGGGACAAAGUCCUAGUGUUCCCCCUACCCUAAUGAUGGCCCUGCCAGCAAGUGAUCACCCAGGCUUUGUUUGGACAACCUUUACCGAGGGGAAACCUAUUGCUUCCUGAGGCUACCCAUCCCACUUCAGACAAUCCUAGUGGUUAGAAAAGUUUUUCCCAACAUCAAGUCAAAUCAGUAAGCCUUUAUUAAGCACUUACUAUGUGCCAAGCACUUUACUAAGCACCGGGGAUACAAAGUAAGGCAAAAGACAAUUUCUGCUCUCAAUGAGCUCUCAAUCUAAUGAGGGGAGACCACAUGCAAAUGACUAUGGACAAACAAGCUUUAUACAGGAUAAGUUGGAGGUAGUCAACAGUGGGAAGGCAUUAGCAUGAAGGGGCAUCAAGAAAGGCUUCUUGUAGAAGGUGGGGUUUUAGCUGGAACUUAAAGCCAGGAAAGCCAGUGGUUGGAGAUGAGGACAGUGAGAAUUUUAGGUAUGGGGGACAGCCAGUGAGAAAACCUGGAGUUAUGGAGAUGGAUUGUGUUGGUUGAGGAACAAGGAAGCCAUUAUACCUGGAUCACAGAGUAUUUGGGCGGACAGUAAGCCAUAAGAAGACUGGAAAAGUAUGGGGAGCAGGUUAUGAAGGACUGUGAAUGCAAAAAAGGACUUUAUAUUUGAUCUUGGAAGUGAUGGGGAACCUCUGGAGUUUAUUGAAUGGGAGGGGAUGACACAGACCUGCACUCUAGGAAGAUCAUUUUGGUGGGUGAAUGGAAUGAUGGACUAGAGUGGGGAGAGUCUUUUGGCAGAUUGACCAACCAAAUGGCUUUUGAGUAAUCCAAGUGUGAGGUGAUGAGGGAAUGCACUAGGGCAGUGGCUGUGUCAGAGGAGAGAAGGGUUAAAUCAACAGGACUUGACAACAGAUUAGAAAUAGGGGGUGAGAGAGCAGUUGAUGAUAUCUAAAUUGUGAACUUGGGUACCUGAGAGGAUUUUUUGCGGGGCAAUGGGGGUUAAGUGACUUGCCCAGGGUCACACAGCUAGUAAGUGUCAAGUGUCUGAGGCUAGACUUGAACUCAGGUUCUCCUGAAUCCAGGGCCAGUGUUCUAUCCACUGUACCACCUAGCUGCCCCAAGAAUAUCUUCUAGAGUAAAAAGAAAGCAAGGAGGGGCAGCAUAUCUAUUUUAUAUACCCAUAUACCUCAGGGUCACGUAAAAAUUUCUCAGGCAGAAAAGGGUAGCAAGUGGAAAAAGUUUACGAAGUCCUAUUGUAGAUGAUGAGUUCAGUUUUGGACAUGUUAAGUUGAAGAUGUUCUUGGGACAUAUUCAGAUCAAGAAGCCCAAGAGACAAUUGAAGAUGCCAGCCUGGAAGUUAGGAGAAAGGUUAGGGCUGGAUAAAUUAAUCUGAGAAUCAUCAGCAUAAUGAUGAUGUGAGCCCACAGAAGCUGAUGAGAUCACCUAGUGAAAUAGUAUAGAGGGAGAAGAGAAGAGGGCUCAGGACAGAUCCCUGUGGGACACCUACUAAUAGCAGUGACCAGAUGAAGAUCUAUCAAAGGAAACUGAGAAGGAGUGGUCAGUUAGGUGGAAGAAGAACCAGGUUAGAGAUAAUGUCACAAAAACCUAUAAGGGAAAAUCAAGGGGAAGAAGGUGAUCCUGACAGCAUCAAGGGUUGCAAUGAAGCUGGGAAAGAGGAUUGAGAAAAGACCCUUUUAUUGGGCAGCUAAUAUGGUCAAUGGUACCUUUGGAAAGAGCAAUUUCGGUUGACUGAUGAAGUCAGAAGUCAUACUGUUCAGCUCUUAGAAGAAAGUGGGGAAAAAACAGGCUUCCAAAGGAGUUUGGCCUCAAAGAGGAGAGAUAUGGGAUGAUAGCUAGUGGGGAUACCCCUUUUGGUAACCCCCUUUGCUUCUGAGCCCUGACAUAGGUCUUUGUGUCAUCUUGGUGCACUUGCCCUAUAAUAUUAUUUAUUUUGGUUAUUUCGGUGACACAUUGUACCAUUUCUGCUCCAGCCUCAAAUGUCUAUAAAAAAGUGACACUGUCCUUGCUUUCUAGGAGUUUGCACUUUAUCAGAGGAGACAACAUGGACGUAUAUUACACAUGGACAUAUAUUAACAAGGUGGAGGCUGUUGCCAUGGAGAAGGAGCUCAUUGAAGACUAUCGGUUUGGGCGGCAGCAGCUGGCAGAGAUGUGUGGGUAUGCCUGUGCUGUGGCUGUGACCAAGGUGUUUCCUGUGGCUGCCCUUUCCCGGAAGCAACGUACUGUACUGGUAGUGUGCGGACCAGAGCAGAAUGGGGCCAUUGGAUUGGUGUGUGCUCGACAUCUUCGGGUGUUCGAGUACGAACCCACCAUCUUCUACCCCAAACGCUCUUCAGACUCGCUGUCCAAGGACUUCACCACACAGUGUGAGAAGAUGGACAUCCCCUUUCUUUCCUACCUCCCCACUGAGGUCCAGCUGAUCAAUGAUGCCUACAGCCUGGUGAUUGAUGCCAUCCUGGGGCCCGGUGCAGAGCCUGGGGAGGCCAAAGAGCCGUGCACCAGCAUCCUGGCCACCCUGAAGCUGGUCAAGAUCCCCAUUGUCAGCCUGGAUAUUCCCUCAGGAUGGGAUGUGGAGAUGGGCAGUGAAGAUGGGAUUAGCCCUGAGGUGCUGGUGUCCCUAGCUGCCCCCAAGAAAUGUGCCGGUCGCUUUUCAGGGAAGUACCACUUUGUGGCUGGACGCUUUGUCCCCGACGACGUGCAGAAGAAAUUUCACCUGAAUCUGCCUGGCUACCCAGGCACAGAGUGUGUGGUGGCUCUUUAAUGGGACUGGGGAACAAAGGGAGCCCUUGAGCCUCUCCCACUCCCUAAAAAAAAUAAACAUGAAUACUUUCAGAUCUA